UGCGACAGCGUGAAGUCGAGCGGGCUUUUCGGAAAGCGGCGGCGGCGGCGCGGUGCAGGCGUUAGAGGUGGCUAAAGUGGCUGAGGUGGUUGUGUAGAGGGACUUCGCGCCUUGCUCUGGCUGCGACAAGGCCCCGGAGCGGUCUCUGAGGACCAGAAGCUCCCCUUCUGAGGAGGCGUUCUGUUUCCUGAUAAAAGCAACAAUGGACCAGAAAAUUUUGUCAUUAGCAACAGAUAAGACAGUAGACAAACUGCAGAAAUUUCUUCAAACCCUGAAAGAAGAUGAUGUGACUGGUCUUCUUCAGAAGGAGGCAGUAAAAGGAAAAGCCACUGGAGCACUCCUGAGAGCCAUCUUCAGAGGUUCCCCUUGCUCUGAAGAAGAUGGAGCCCUUAGGAGACAUAAGAUAUAUACUUGUUGUAUCCAGUUAGUUGAAUCAGGAGAUUUACAGAAAGAAGUAGCAUCUGAGAUCUUAGGAUUACUAAUGUUGGAGGCCCACCAUUUUCCAGGACCAUUAUUGGUUCAAUUAGCCAAUGAGUGUGUUGAUGUUAUCAGAGAGGGAGGCCUGCUGAAUGGAAAAUCUUUGGAGUUAUUGCCCAUCAUUCUUACUGCCUUGAGUACCAAAAAGGAAGAUAUGGCUUAUGGAAAAGAUAAAUUGAGUGGGGAAGAAUGUAAGAAGCAGUUGAUUUACACCCUCUGUUCUGCAAGAUGGGAUCAACAAUAUGUAGUCCAACUCACCUCCAUGUUCAAGGAUGUCCCUCUGACUGCAGAAGAGGUAGAGUGUGUGGUGGAAAAAGUGUUGAAGAUGUUCUCAAAAUUGAAUCUUCAGGAAAUACCACCUUUGGUCCAUCAGCUUCUAAUUCUCUCUGCAAAGGGAAGCAGAAAGAGUGCUCUAAGUGGAGUCAUUGCCUUCUUCAGUGAGCUAGACAAGCAGCACCGUGAAGAACUAAGUGGUGAUGAGCUGUUGGAUCUUGUUACUGUGCCAUCAGGUGAACUGCGCCACGUGGAAGGCACCGUGAUUCUGCAUAUUGUGUUUGCCAUCAAGCUGGACUGUGAACUAGGCAGAGAACUUCUAAAACUCUUCAAGGCAGGACAACAAGGAGAUUCCAGUAGCAACUUAUGUCCCUUCAGUAUUGCUCUCCUUCUCUCUGUAACAAGAAUACAAAGAUUUGAGGAACAGGUGUUUGACCUUUUAAAGACUUCGAUUGUGAAAAGCUUUAAAGAUCUUCAGCUCCUCCAAGGCUCAAAAUUUCUUCAGAAUCUAGUCCCUCACAGAACUUGUAUUGCAGCCAUGAUCCUGGAAGUGGUGAAGAGUAGUGUUCAUAGUUGGGAUCACGUAACUCAGGGCCUGGUAGAAUUUGGUUUCCUUUUAAUGGAUUCAUAUGGGCCAAAGAAGAUUCUUGAUGGAAAAAGUUUUGAAACCAACUCUGGUCUUUCUAAAAUGCCAAGCCAGCAUGCGUGUAAGCUGGGAGCCGAUAUCCUGCUGGAAACUUUCAAGAUCCAUGAGAUGAUCCGACAAGAAAUUCUGGAGCAAAUCCUCAACCGGGUUGUUACCAGAGCUUCCACUCCCAUCAAUCAUUUCUUAGACUUGCUUUCAAGUGUCAUCCUCCAUGCACCCUUAGUUCUUCAGGGUUGUUCUUCUAAAGUCACAGAAGCUUUUGAAUAUUUGUCCCUCCUGCCCCUUCAGACUGUAUAUGGGCUGCUUAAAGCAGUGCAGCCACUUCUUAAAGUCAGCAUGUCUAUGAGAGACUCCUUGAUACUCGUCCUCCGAAAAGCCAUGUUUGCAAGACAGCUUGAUGCCCGAAAAUCUGCAGUUGCUGGGUUUUUGCUACUCCUGAAGAACUUCAAAGUUUUGGGCAGCCUGUCAUCCUCCCAGUGCAGUCAGUCCAUUGGCGUCAGUCAGGUUCAUGUGGACGUUCAUAGCCGUUAUAAUUCUGUUGCCAAUGAAACAUUUUGCCUUGAAAUUUUGGAUAGUUUGAGGAGAUGCUUAGGCCAACAGGCUGAUGUCCGAGUCAUGCUUUAUGAGGGGUUCUAUGAUGUUCUUCGAAGGAACUCUCAGCUGGCUAAUUCAAUUAUGCAGACUCUGCUCUCACAGUUAAAACAGUUCUAUGAGCCAAAACCUGAUCUGCUGCCUCCUCUGAAAUUAGAAGCUUGUGUUCUGGCCCAAGGAGAUCAGAUCUGUCUACAAGAACCACUGGAUUAUCUGCUGUGUUGCAUUCAGCAUUGUUUGGCCUGGUACAAAAGCAGAGUGAUGCCCCUCCAACAGGGAGAUGAGGAAGAAGAAGACGAGGGAUUCUACCAAGAACUAGAUGACAUGUUGGAGUCCAUUACUAAUAGAAUGAUUAAGAGUGAGCUAGAAGACUUUGAACUGGAUAAAUCAGCAGAUUUUUCUCAGAGCACUGGUACUGGCACCAAAAACAAUAUCUGUGCAUCUCUUGUGAUGGGAAUCUGUGAGGUUUUAAUAGAAUAUAAUUUCUCCAUAAGUAAUUUCAGUAAGAAUAAAUUUGAGGAUGUUCUGAGCUUGUUUAUGUGCUAUAAGAAACUCUCUGAUAUCCUUCAUGAAAAAGCUGGUAAAGGCAAAGCUAAAAUGACCAACAAGACACGUGAUAGUUUUUGGUCCAUGAAAUUUGUGUCUGAUCUUCUCACCGCUCUUUUCAGGGAUAAUAUCCAAAGCCAUGAAGAGAGCCUGUCUGUUCUCAGGUCCAGCAGUGAGUUCAUGCGCCACGCAGUGAAUGUGGCCCUGCAGAAGGUGCAGCAGCUAAAAGAAACGGGGCAUGUGCGUGGCCCUGAUGGCCAAAACCCAGACAAGAUCUUUGAGAACCUCUGCAGCAUAACUCGGGUCUUGCUCUGGAGAUACACUUCAAUUCCAACUUCUGUGGAAGAGUCAGGGAAGAAGGAGAAAGGAAAGAGCAUCUCGCUGCUGUGCUUGGAGGGUCUGCAGAAGAUACUCACUGCUGUGCAGCAGUUCUAUCCGCCCAAGACUCAGGAGUUUCUCAGGGCUCUGGAGGUCACGGGUAAGGAAGGAGAAGAUGAUGCAGAAGUCAGUGUUACUCAGAGAGCAGCAUUCCAGAUCCGACAGUUUCAGAGGUCCUUGUUGAAUUUACUUAGCAGUGAAGAGGAAGAUUUUAAUAGCAAAGAAGCGCUUCUCCUGGUCUCUGUUCUGUCCACCUUGGCCAAGCUCCUGGAGCCCUCAUCUCCUCAGUUUGUACAGAUGUUAUCCUGGACGUCUAAGAUUUGCAAGGAAAACAGCCAAGAAGAUGCCUCAUUUUGUAAGAACUUGAUGAGCUUGCUCUUCAGCCUGCAUGCUUUGGUUAAGAGUCCUGUCACCCUGCUGCGUGAUGUGUCCCAGGAUAUCCAUGGGCAGCUGGGAGACAUAGACCAGGAUAUAGAGGUAGAAAAAACAAACCACUUUGCAAUGGUGACUUUGAAAACAGCUGCCCCCACUGUCUGUUUACUUGUUCUGAGCCAGGCUGAGAAGGCCCUGGAAGAAGUGGACUGGCUCAUCACCAAGCUCAAGGGACAAGUGAGCCAGGAAACCCUGUCAGAAGAGGCCUCUUCUCAAAUAACCCUGCAAAACCUUCCCACUGAGAAAGCCAUCAUCAUGCAACUGGGAACGCUCCUGACAUUUUUCCAUGAGCUGGUGCAGACAGCCCUGCCUUCGGGCAGUUGUGUGGACACCUUAUUGAAGGACCUGUGCAAAAUGUACACCAUCCUUACAGCACUUGUCAGAUAUUAUCUCCAGGUGUGCCGGAGCUCAGGAGGAAUUCCAAAAAAUAUGGAAAAGCUGGUGAAGCUGUCUGGUUCUCAUCUGACCCCUCUGUGUUAUUCCUACAUUUCUUAUGUACAGAACAAGAAAUCCACAGGAGAGAAGAAAAAGGAGAAAACUGCUGUUGCCACAGCCAUGGCCAGAGUUCUUCGGGAAACCAAGCCAAUCCCUAACCUCAUCUUUGCCAUAGAACAGUAUGAAAAAUUUCUCAUCAGCCUUUCUAAAAAGUCCAAGGUGAACCUGAUGCAGCACAUGAAGCUUAGCACCUCCCGAGACUUCAAGAUCAAAGGAAACAUCCUGGACGUGGUUCUCCAAGAGACGGAGGAGGAGGGAAGCGAAGAGAGCACUGCAUUGGAGCACAGAGAACAGAACAAAGAACCAGCCAGGAAGAAAAGAAAACAAUGAAAUGCCUGAGUUAAUGUGAACUUCGGGGCUCCUGCUUCCUUUGUGCCACUGAGCAGCAGUGCCCCUUGUCCUGUGGCCCUCACCGACGUUGGCACCUUGGUUCUGAACCC